UCAGGACUACUUCAAUCUGCGCUCUACUUAAAAUUGAACUCUACCUAUGACCAGUACAAACAGUAACAGGUGACAAAAUGCCGUUUGGUUUCACAGAUGAUCCUGCAUCAAUUAUUGCUACACUCGCCAUAUCAUCGGCUUUAAAAUACACGUUUAAUAUAGCCUCGUGGUUGUCGAAGAAGAAGCAGUAUGAGUUGGUAGGCCAUAUAACACAUAUUAACAGUUAUCCUAUCAAGGCAUGUGGUGGUAUUGCUUUAAAAACAGCUGAUGCUACCAGUCUGGGUAUACGAGUCAAUGGAUUUUAUGAUAGACAUUGGUUAGUGACAAAAGAAAAUGGCGACUUUUUAACUGCGAGACAAUAUCCACAGUUGAUUGUUGUCAGUACACGAUAUACUGAUGAUAACUUGGUUAUUACAGCUCCAGGAAUGACAGAAUUAACAGUUCCACUUCAUCCAUCAACAGACAGAUCUAAGGUCGUCAACUGCAGGGUAUGGAACAACCACCUUGAAGGGCAGGACUGUGGACAGGAAGCCAGUCGUUGGUUCAGUCAAUAUUUGAUGGUGGAUGGAAUUCGUCUUCUGGUCUCCACACCUGAACUCAUGAAAUCACAGGCCAACUCAAGGAAAAACGCCUGGGGAAAUAUAGCAUUACCUGGCGAUCAGGGAGGUUAUCAGGAUGAAUGUUGUGGUUUUUUGAUAAUGAAUCAAGCUUCAGUGACUGAACUGAACAACCAUCUGAAGAAUCCUGUGACAUACAGAAACUUCCGACCUAAUAUUGUUAUAGAUGGUAAAACAUCAUUUGAAGAGGAUAAUUGGAAGGAGUUAUUGAUAGGUAAAAAGGUGAACAUUAGAAUGUUAGAACCCUGCACCAGAUGUUUAGUGACGACAGUGGACCCGGAGAAAGGUGUUAAAAGUGAAGAUGGCGAACCAUUAAAAACCCUGUCAACGAUACGAUGUUACAAGAAGUAUGGCAAAUCACCACUAUUGGGUAUGCUGGGGACUGCUGAUGAACCGGGUAGAAUUAGUCUGGGUGAUCCUGUCUACGCUAUUCGUAAAUAAACCUGGUAGACUUAGUCUACGCUAUUCGUAAAUAAACACGUGAUUCGUUUAUAUUAUAAACAUAGAAUGAAAUCCAUACUAUAGUUAUAUAUAUACUAUUAUAUAAACACUUUAUUAUUUUGUAAUUUGGUAGAGAAUGGGUGGGGGUGAUGGGGGUCGGUAGGGCUAAGUCUGAUGCGUGUACUUAUAGAGUCUGGGGGCUGUCAUUGCUUUCGAUACCAGUACCAGUACCACAGACGUCUGUGACGUGGCAAAUAUUUUUAAAAUAACAUUAGGCCUAAGCUAUAUGACUAAGUGUCAUGUCUAAAAUCUGUUUCGACCAUGUAGUCUGAAUCCGAUUUCUAAUUCAAGGGCAAAUAACUCGCCUGAAACCGAUUCAAGUUCACUCGACACAAACUAGGUCAUUUCGGGACUAACACGUGGUUCAAUUUUAUCUCAAUAAUUCGCUUGCGCGUACGGGUCUUUAGCACUGGGAGGAAACCGGAGGGCCCGGGAAAAACCCAUGUGGUUGGACAGGCGGCCCUACUCCUUAACACCUACAACCAGGGAAUCGAAACCAAACCAGUUGACUCAAUGACAGACCUAAUGAUACAGCGCGCCCGAGUUAACCAUUCGGCCAUCUAACCUCCCCCAUUGACAAAGAGAAACCAUGCUGAAAACAAUGGGCUGGUUCAAAUUAUCAUUAAUGUAUUUGUAUGACAGAUAAAGAUGGCGAUGUACAAUCUAAAAACAAUGCGAAAUUAAAAUGUCCAUAACAUAAGUUCGAAUUGAUCGAUUUGAAUAAAAUUUUGUUUUUAUUGUUUUGAUUAAAUGUCGUCUUAGAUUGUA